AUGCUCGAAAAGAAGGCGCUGGAGGGCAUUGCCGCGUACAAGUACAAGGCGGGAUCGUACACGUACUUGGACAACGUGCUGAACCACUUUUGGACGUACUCGGUGCAGUUUCUUCCCAUUUGGAAGGCGCCCAACCUCGUGACGAUGAUCGGCACGGGCGCCAUGAUGCUCACGACCGUCGUGCAGCUUUACUAUGCACCGCAUUUCUCGGAGAUUUGCCCCACUUGGGUGUACGUCCUGUCGGCUCUAGGUCUUUUCUUCUACCAGACGAUGGACGCCUUGGAUGGCAAGCAAGCGCGUCGUACAGGCGCGUCGUCUCCGCUUGGCCAGCUGUUUGACCACGGCUGCGACGCCUUGUGCACGGUCUUUAAUGUCUUGAGUGCUGCUGCCACGUGCCAAGCAGGCCCCGGUCUGCUUGCGUAUAUUGCACUGUCGUCCGUUUGCGUUACGUUCUAUUUGGCGCAAUGGCAGGAGUAUCACACGGGCGUCAUGAACUGUGGCAACGGCUUCUUCGGCGUCACGGAGGGACAAUUGACAUUAGUUGCAGUCCACUUGGCGGCAGCAUUCUUUGGUGCAGGCUUCUGGACGGCGGAACUGUCGUUCGUACCAACAAUUUCCGUGACCAUGACGCAAGUGCUGCUUUGCGCGCUCGUGGCGAGCAACGUCUUGCUAGCGUAUGGCAACGUCUCGAGCGUCCUAUGGGCGGCCGCUGACACGAUUCCGCGUGAAGAAUUGGGUAAUAAGCACAUCUCGAAGCCCAUAGCCCUCGUCCAGUUGGUCCCCAUCGGUAUUCUUCUGGUUCUGGGCUCGCUUUGGAUUUGUGGUCCUGACGCAGAGAACUACGAGAACUACCCCGUCUUGUUCCUGUUCCCCAUCGGUAUUGGCUACGUGUUCCUUUCGACACGUAUGAUUAUGAGCCACAUGUGCAAGAUACCGUUCACUCCUCAGCUUCGCGUCAUCAUCCCUUUCGGAUUCGUGAUCUUGAACGCUUACGGAACCGCAGCAGGGAUUCUCUCAAAGCCACUGAUUCCGACCAUUGUGUCGUCGUCGCUGUACGUGGUUUUUAUCGUGCUUGUUUACCUGCAAUUCAUCGUUGGCGUGGUCAAGGACAUCUGCGACUUUCUCAACAUCUUCCUUUUUAAGAUCAAGCCGGUGGCGGCAAGUAUUGAGAAAUCGAAGUAA